AUGGCGGAUAUCACUGCCCGGAUCAAGGAAGCUAUCAGGGAUCCUCAUAAGGAGGUGAACCACAUGAACACAGCCCGCAUCCGGCUCUGCCUUACCGGAGAGAAAAAGUCGCUUGUCUCCUACGCGGUAGGGUUCUCGUUUUACGCCGAGAUAUACCUUGCCUUCGAGGAGGCAUGGCGCGAGAUCGACAACGCCAGGUCCUCGGACAGCGACAGCUCAGAUGGCACUGAUAUCGUUGCAUAUCACGAAAAAAUAUGGCAGCUGUCCGAGCUGAUUGGCAUGGCCGGCCUGAACCGGACCGAGCGCCUUCAGGCAGAUCUCGCGUGUCUCCGCUCGCUGGAUCCCGCCAUUGCGCAUCUCACUGAAGGCAAGCUUGACAAUACCCACACCAGGGAAGAUGUCAUUAGUCGCAUUCGGGAGAAGCCGCACAGGCUGCUGGCGUACGCAUGGGUCCUGUACCAGGCGCUGUUCAACGGAGGACGCUUUAUCCGUCGGCAACUCAUCAAAGCUGGCCCCGAGUUCUGGGGUAUUUCGCCGGAGGAUCUUGCCUCGUUCCCGCCUCCGUUGUCGUUUUGGCACGUUCCCGACGAUCCGAGCUAUGAGAAGGAGUUCCGCUCCCGGGUCAAGGAAGCCGAAGGGUUAUUGACGACAGCCGAAACCGACGACGUCAUCGAGGAAUCGGUCGAAAUUAUCUGUCGGUGCAAGGCGUUGACAGAAGAAUUGGACAAAUGGGCAGCUGGGUUUGCAUGACUUUCCAGAUGAGUCUUUCUGGAUUGAUUUCAAGCUGUUGCAUGGUGAUUGUGUUUGGUCUGGUCUGGGUCCUUGUCUGGUAGAAUCCUUUGCCGGAAUUGUGAUGCUAGGGACAUUGGCUACAUGGUGCAAUGUUAGUAUUUGGGUUCGGGGUUCACGAUGUAGAAAUUCAUUGGCAGCGCAUCUGAUGAAAGCUGAAUAUUUGACAUCAUUCGAU